GUUCUCCCUUUCCGUGGCGGAGUGCGCAGUCCAGCCCGCGCGGAUGCUGGGCGAAGCCACCGGAGCUGUACGCUCACCACCGCGGGGAACGGGGUAGGAACGGCAGAAGCGACCACGUCCAUCCUCUGCCUGGCGACUGCCGAAUUGCAGGAUAACAAAGUUUUGAACAGUGCCUCCCCGAGAAGUGUGAUGAGAAAUGGCUUUAGGAAACAAUACCCAGAGAAGUUAUUCCAUCAUCCCCUGCUUCAUCUUUGUUGAGCUUGUCAUCAUGGCUGGGACUGUUCUGCUUGCCUACUACUUCGAGUGCACCGACACUUUUCAAGUGCAUAUCCAAGGUUUCUUCUGUCAGGAUGGCAAUUUGAUGAAACCAUACCCUGGAACAGAGGACGAGAGCUUCAUUUCACCUCUUGUGCUCUACUGUGUGCUGGCUUCAACUCCAACAGCUAUUAUUUUUAUUGGUGAGAUAUCCAUGUAUUUCAUAAAGUCAACGCGAGAAACCCUAAUUAUUCAAGAGAAAACUAUUUUGACUGGAGAGUGCUGUUACCUGAACCCACUGCUUCGAAGAAUAAUACGUUUUAUAGGAGUGUUUGCAUUUGGACUUUUUGCCACUGACAUAUUUGUAAACGCUGGCCAGGUUGUGACUGGGAACUUGACUCCCUACUUCCUGACUGUAUGUAAACCCAACUACACUGGAAAUGACUGUCGGGCCCACCACCAGUUCAUAAACAAUGGCAACAUCUGCACUGGAGAUGUGGAGGUGAUUGAAAAGGCAAGAAGAUCUUUUCCAUCCAAACAUGCUGCUUUGAGCAUUUACUCAGCUUUAUAUGCCACGAUGUACAUCACAAGCACAAUUAAAACAAAGAGUAGCAGGCUAGCCAAACCUGUGCUGUGUCUGGGUACCCUGUGUGCUGCUUUCCUCACUGGACUAAAUCGAGUUUCUGAGUACCGAAACCACUGUUCAGACGUGAUUGCAGGCUUCAUCUUGGGAAGUGCUGUAGCUCUGUUUCUGGGGAUAUGUGUUGUGCAUAAUUUUAAAGGCACUCAUGGAGCUCCUUCUAAACCGAAGCCUGAAGACCCACGAGGAAUGCCAUUAAUGGCAUUUCCAAGAGUGGAGAGUCCUCUGGAGACUUUGAGUGCGCAGAAUCACUCUGCCUCUAUGACUGAAGUGACCUGAGAUGGAAGAUGAGCAACAGAAGCUAUUUUUUAUUACCCUCCAGUACAAUACUCCAAGACACACAGUUACUAAAUGUCAAACUGUGAUGACCAGUAUUAUGUUAUGUCUAGUUAGAGGCUAAUGUUUUGUACUUUUUUUGUAUGAGGAAGUGAUGUAGCUUGCCCUGAUUUUUUGUCAGCUUUAAUAUUAUUAUUAUGCCAGAAUUUAAAAGCAAAACAGAAAAAGAACAAAAAAAUCCUUUUCUUGUUUAAAGUGUGCACUGAGAAACUACAUCUAUGGAAUUGUUGAUGUUGUUAUGUGGUAUUUGUACACAAUUUUUUUUUUUUUCAUUUUGAAUUUAUAGGUCUUGAAAAAAAAUCACUUUUACCUUUUCUUACCAUAAGAAGUGCUUCUACCAGUGGGUCAGAUUCUGAUCUGAGUAAGCUCAGCACAGAUCUGAAGUAAUCGCAUAUAUUUAACUCAGAUCAAAAUAGCGGUGAUCGGGACUGUAACAUGAAUGAUUCUAUCAACAAGUAAUAAACAUCCAUCCUUGAUUCAGUGACCUACUUAAGCAUUCCUUAGCGUUAUGGACAUCCGGUUCCCAGACUACUUGGCAGACUUGAAGUAUGUCUUUAAGCAUCUCACUGAAUCAAGCCUGAUUGUUCUGGUGUGAGUGAUUGUGCUAGUUAUUGAAGAAUAACUAAAACAAUGUACUCAGUCUGCAAUAUAGACAGACUGGACAUGAGAAUU